AUGAUUGAAGACGACGUCUACCGGGCCUCGUCGCAAUAUCGGUAUUGGUCCUACACUAAAGAAAGCCUUGCCCGGAUACGACAAAACACCAACAAUCUUGCUUCAGAACGUGUUCGAGCUGCUUUUCAUCGAGCUCAUGCUGCGAAAUCUGCCCAUAACGGCACUCAAAAUGGCGAAGGGGACUCCCAGGACGUCGACGCCAUGGAGGUGGACACCGAAGUCAACGUCGACACGUUAACCGUGGACGAGGAGCUGAAGAUUGUGGAAUGGGGCUGUUCGAAGAUCAUAGCCAUGGGCGAGGCGAUGAAUCCGAGAAUACCUUCACACAUUGUGGCUACCGCUAUCCAGUAUCUACGUCGCUUCUACCUGACCAACUCACCGAUGACUUAUCAUCCCAAACAAAUCAUGAUGUGCGCCCUCUAUCUCGCGACCAAAGCCGACCAUUUCUACAUUUCUCUAUCCAGAUUCGUGGCCGAACUCAAUAAUGUGAGCGAAGACGACGUCAAAGCGCCCGAGUUUCUACUCCUACAGGGACUCCGCUUUACUCUGGACGUGCGGCAUCCUAUGAAAGGUCUCGCCGGCGGCCAUAUCGAGAUGAACGUCAUGGCGGACGAAGGCCGACUGGGAGGCAUUUCCAGAUCCACAAAUUCGGCCAAGAGGAUAGGUACUGCGGCCGACCAUGCAAAACGACUACUUGCCACGGCAGCGCAAAUGACUGACGCCUACUUCCUGUACACGCCCAGCCAGAUCUGGCUUGCCGCGAUGAUGGUCGCGGAUCGGGAGCUUGUCCACACCUAUCUCGAGCACAAACUGCAGGAAUUGCCCUCGAAUGAGGCGACCAUGAAACUGAAGCAGAAGCUCGUUUCAACCGUCGCGGCGUGCGCUGCACUUCUUGAAUCGUACCGUUCACCGGAAGACGAUGCCAGUCAACGCAAGGAGCUGGGUCGGAUAGGCAAGAAGCUGACCAUCUGUCAAAAUCCCGAAAAGAUGGACAUCGUCGCGGUUGCGAAAGCGAAAGCCGCGGAAAAGAGAGGAGGUGAGGGUAGUGAUGUGGAAAAGGCAUUGAAGAAACGAAAACUCGAGAAAGAGAAACUUGCAAAGGACGGAGAUGUUUUCGGCCCUGAUCUGAAAGAUAUCACGUCGUGA